AUGAUACCGGCAGCAACUGCGAAGUAUGACUGGAUCCUAGCCCUCACCUCGAUCGCCUUCGUCUUCAGUGCUUUCGGCAACGGGGCCAACGAUGUCGCCAACUCCUAUGCCACAUCUAUUGCAGCCAAGACACUCAACAUGGCCACGGCCGGUGUCCUGGCUGCAUUCACUGAGUUCAUUGGCGCGGUAGCCAUGGGCGCACGAGUCACCGAUACAAUCAAAAACGGCAUCAUCGACAUCAAUCGGUUUGAGGGAAAACCCGGUGUACUCAUGCUGGCCAUGGGAUGUGCUGAAAUUGGCAGCGCCACAUGGUUGAUGCUCGCCACUCACUUGGGCUGGCCUGUCUCGACCACGCAGACCAUCGUCGGUGCCCUCGUUGGCGUUGGCUUUGCCUCUGGAGCCUCUAUCUCCUGGGGCUGGGACGACGGGAGUGUCUCCCAGGUUGCUGCAUCCUGGGGUAUUGCUCCCCUCGUGGCAGCUGGUUUCUCGGCCAUCAUCUUCGGAUCCCUCAAGUACAGUGUCCUUGAGCGCGCUGAUUCCUUCAAGUGGGCUAUGCGCUUGAUUCCACUUUACCUUGCCCUCACAGGUGCCAUCCUUGCUCUUUUCAUUGUCGUUGAAGCUCCUACGGCACCCUCAUUGGAGGAAUUCGGCGCUGGAAAGGCAGCGGGAAUUAUCCUGGGAGUCUUCUUCGGUUGUCUCAUCAUCGCUUAUGUCUUCUUCAUGCCGUACUUCAAACGCCGUCUCAUCCACAACGAUACCCGAAUCCGAUUCUAUCAUCUCCCUCUUGGCCCCCUGCUGCUGAAGGAAAACCCACCUCUAUAUUACCCAGGCAAGGGCGACAAGGUCGUGAUCAACUACUAUUCAGAUUCACACGGCGAGGUGCAAGCCGGCCAAAAUGACGCAGCCAAGCAAGAGGCCACAGCCACUGCAGACUCGGUCAUGCCCACACCAGAGAUCAGGGCGAAGACCCACCUGGAUCACAUUGGUGACGACGAGGAGAAGAACAUGGAUUCGGCCAAUCCCUCACCAGAGAUCCAGCCACGCAAGAAGCACAUUGGACCCACUGAGCGAUUCAUCGACCCCGUCCGAGAUCUCUCAUGGACAAACCCCCAAAAGGCCUGGGGCUACAUCAAAUGGCUCCUUCUGCAAGGCGUGACGCGCGAUGUGGUUUCAUACGACGACUCGGCUGCUCUGCGGGCAAUUCACGCUCGCGCUCACCGCUACGACGACCGCGUCGAACAUCUCUGGACAUACUGCCAAGUUGUAUCGGCCAUGAUGAUGUCGAUCGCGCACGGUUCAAACGAUGUUGCCAAUGCCGUUGGACCCUGGGCAGCCGUAUACAGCACAUACAAGGCUGGCGUUAUCGACACUGAGGCCCCCACUCCCAUCUGGUUCGUGGUCAUUGCAGGUCUGCUGCUCGGUGCUGGAUUUUGGUUUUACGGAUACAACAUUGUCCGUGCGAUGGGCAACAAGAUCACCCAGAUGUCGCCGACGCGUGGCUUCAGUGUUGAGCUCGGAGCAGCCAUCACUGUACUUGUGGCUUCGAGACUGGGGCUGCCUGUUUCCACGACGCAGUGCUUGACAGGUGCUUCCAUGGGCGUCGCUCUUAUGAAUUAUGAUCUUGGGGCUGUCAAUUGGAGACAGCUUGGUUUUAUUUUCGGUGGUUGGAUGUUGACUUUGCCUUGUGCGGGAUUGGUUUCGGGAUUGAUGUGUCUGAUGGCACUGAAUGCUCCUCAUUUAUAA